CAUUCGGAAAUUCAAUCAUUCGGCAUGAGCGACACGAGAAAACAAUUGAAUGAAACCACAGAUGCGUCUUACGCGAACAACACUAGCGACAUCGCCGCAGACUGGUCGGAUAAUGAUGUUCCACCGAGAGCCGUCGUUAAAAUUGCUCCGGGUCUGGUAUCGGGAGUGAUAGAACAAUUACCAAACGGGGCCCAGUGCUAUUGCUUUAGAGGAAUCCCGUACGGCAAGCCCCCCAUUGGAAAACUGAGAUUUCAGGCACCUCAGCCACUGGACAAAUUUCCAACGGAAAUUAUAGAUUGUAGCAAGGAUAGGCCAGGUUGUUACUCGGUAGACAAUUAUCUUCCCAACGAUCGGAUGUCGGAAGAUUGUCUGAAUCUAAAUGUUUACACAUCAAAUAUAUCCAUCAAAAACGAUGCUAUGCCAGUAAUGAUUUGGAUUCACGGUGGUGGUUUCGUUGGAGGCAGUGCCCAAUCAUCAAUGUACUGUCCCAUACAUCUCGUUCAGGAAGGCGUGGUCGUAGUCACGGUGAACUACCGCCUGGGACCGUUAGGAUUUCUUUGCAUGCCCGCCGUCGGAAUUCACGGAAACAUGGGACUGAAGGAUCAACGGAUGAGCUUCUGCUGGGUGAGCAAACAUAUUCGACAGUUCGGCGGGGACCCUAGCAAUGUUACAAUAUUUGGCCACAGUGCUGGUGCCGCAUCAGUACACUUUCAUUAUCUGUCGGAAACGUCACGUAAUUAUUUCCAUAAAGCUAUUGCGCAAAGUGGAACGGUGUUCAAUCAAUGGGUCUUGCAAAAAAAUCCAGACGGUCGAGCUCGUAAGUUGGCUACAUUAUUAGGGUGCAAAUCAAGCGAUAAUGACCGAAUGGUGUAUGAAACUUUAAUGAAUGCCACUCCUCAAAAUCUGACUGAUUUGCAGUACCAGGUGUUUACAGAUGAAGAAAGACUCGUCUUGGUAAACUUUCCCUUUACUCCAGUCAUUGAGGUUCAUGGUCUCAAUGCAGAAGAUCCUGUUGUAACCGAUAAUCCAUUGAAACUAAUCCAAAAGCGUUUCACUACUGAUAUUCCGUUUAUAAUGGGAAUCACAAACGAGGAAGGUGUUGGAUUAGCAAACCAAGUCUUGGAAUCGUUGGCAGUCUAUCAGAACAAUCUUGGACAGCACAUUAUUCCAACUACGUUGAAUAUCAAAAACGAUCUCGAUAGAGAAGAGGCUUUGCAUAGUAUCAAAAGAUACUUUUUCGAUGAUGCAGAACUGUCAACUGAAACGAUGGAGAGUAUGUUGCAGAUUUUGGGUGACAACAUAAACAAGUUUGCCGGUUAUCUUGCAGCUGAGCUGCACUUUAUUCAUCAGAGCUCACCGCUCUAUUUUUACGUAUUUUCGUACAUGUCCGAGCUGAACAAGCUACGAGAGCUAGCCAGAACACCAUCCAAUUUGCCAGGAGUAGCUCAUGGUGACGAUUUAUGCUACUUAUUUUCGUCGUCAUUUUUCUCCACAGAAUCGAUUGACCCUGCUGGACAAGCCUGUAAAUUUCGUCAAACAAUGUGCAAACUGUGGACAAAUUUUGCGAAAAGUGGUAAUCCCACACCGAACAAUGAUAUCUUAGGGUUCCGCUGGCCAACGAUUAAUGGAACCGAAGGAACGAAACCAAAUUUUGAGUUAUUAGCCGUAGAGUUGAAUGAUGCGUCGAAAAUUAUCAACAAUCCUUUUGAGGGUCGUUUCAAUUUCUGGAAAGCUCUUUUUACCCGUUACAAUGAAUGCCAUUUAAAACCAACUUUCCCAGAAGAAAACACUGAUUGUUAA